CUCGGAGCCCCUGAGGCCGGGCYGCACAGGGCCGGGACGAGGGAGGAGCUCUGCCCUGUCCCCAGCGCCUUCUGCCGGAGCUCCACGGCUCCCAGCAGCUCAGCAUGAGCCCGGGCAUUCGCAAAGUGGAGAGUUUGGGCUAUUUUGUGUGCGUGGAGUGGGAGGAUGGCGGGGAGAGCCGAUAUCCGUGUGUGUGGCUGAGGGACAGCUGCCCGUGCUCCCGCUGCUGCCUGCCCUCAGCCGGGGCGCGCCGGCUGCUCCUGCAGGAGCUCGAUAUCAACAUCGUGGCCCWGCAGGUCGCUCUGACAGACAAGAAAAAGAUCUCUGUUACAUGGUCUGAUGGGCACACAAGCGAAUAUGAAGCUGAGUGGUUGAAGAAAAGAUGCUUCUCUGAAGAAGCCAGAGCUGUAAUGCGGCAAGAUUUAUUUUUACCAGAACAGCAGCACUGGGGCUCAGACCUUCAGCUUCCCAAAAUACCUUUCGAAGAAAUCUUGUGCAAUGAUGAAAGUGCUUACAAGUGGUUGUGCACCCUGAAGAAAGUAGGAAUUGUUCUGCUGACAGGAGCUGCAGCCAAGCAGGGAGAAUUGAUUAGACUUGGCCAAAGGAUUGGGUUCCUGCGUCUCACGUUUUAUGGACCAACUUGGCAAGUGCAAGACAAAGCAGAUGCUAACAAUGUGGCUUACACAAGUGGGAGACUCUGUUUYCACACUGAUUAUCCUGUUCUGCAGCAUCCACCUGGGGUUCAGUUUCUUCAUUGUAUAAAGCAAACAGAUGAAGGAGGUGAAAGUGAGGUUGUAGAUGGAUUUCAUGUGUGCAACAAGCUGAAGAAACAAAACCCUGAGGCGUUUGRGAUCCUGUCCUCUACUGCUGUAGACUACGCUGAUGUUGGGGUGGAUUAUUGUGAUUUUGCUGUGCACUGCAAACAAAGGAUUAUAGACACGGAUUCCAGAGGCCAAGCAAUUCGCAUCAAUUAUAAUAAUGCAACAAGAGACACAGUGUUUGACAUACCAGCUGAAAAAGUGAGGCCAUUUUAUGCAGCUCUGAAGGAAUUUAAUGAUUUAUUAAACAGUGCAGAGCACAAGUUUACUUACAAGCUGAAACCAGGAGAUGUUGUGACAUUUGAUAACUGGCGUGUUCUUCACGGCCGCCAGAGUUACUCACCCUGUGCAGAGCUGAGCCGCCACCUGGAGGGCGCCUAUGCAGACUGGGAUGUGGUCAUGUCCCGGCUCUGGAUCCUCAGGAAGAGAGUUCUCAAAGGGGAUUGAGCU